AUGACAUUCGCCUACGACUACAUAAUAAUAGGUGGCGGCCUAGCCGGCACAAUAGUCGCCUCCGGCCUGCACGCCAAACUCCCCUCAUCCUCAAUCCUCCUCCUAGAAGCAGGCGAAGACCGCUUUGCCCACCCCUUCACAACAGAACCCCUAAAAGCCCCUCUCGCCCACAACUCCGAACUAGACUGGAACCUCUCCACCCUCCCACAACCGCACCUCGGAAACCGCAUCUGCUACCAAGGCGCCGGCAAAGCCCUCGGCGGCUCAGCCGCAAUAAACCACGGAACCUGGACCCGCGGUCCAAAAGUCGACUAUGAUCGCUGGGCUGUACUAGUCGGCGACGCAAGAUGGAGCUAUAAUCAGCUUUUGCCAUAUUUUCCCAAGACGGAGAUUCGGAGCGCGGAGGAGGAUGUUUCACGGUUUUCGUCGAAGCCGGGGGUUGUUUACACGGCGACGUCUUCGCAGUCGCAUUCCAGGCGGGUCUAUGGGUUGAGGGAGUGUGUGAAGCGGGCCUGGGUGGAGUCUGGAAUUGGGGAUGGGGAUGGAGAUGGGGGGUUUCCGGUUGGGAUUUCGGAACGAGUAGAGAAUUGGAAUCAGGGACGGAGACAGCAUGUUCAUCGGGUUUUUGGCCUGGAUGGGGUACAGGUUCUGACUAAGUCGCAGGUUGGGAGGAUACUGUUUCGGGAUGGGGAGAAGGUUCCAGUUGCUUAUGGAGUGGAACUUGUUGGUGGAGCGAAGUUCUUAGCUAGGAAAGAGGUGAUUCUUUCUGCGGGGACUUAUCAUAGUCCGAAGAUCUUGAUGUUAUCUGGGAUUGGAGAGAAGGGGAAAUUGAUGAAUAUGGGGAUUCAGCAACGCGUUGAGUCGCCGUAUGUUGGGCGCAAUUUCCAUGAUCAUAUUGCCGUGCCGAUUGUUUGGAGGUUGAGGGAGAAAAAGAAAGAGAUGAAUCGGUCUUUUGGAGAUUAUAUGGAGGAUCCGGUGAUGAAGCUUGGAUGGCCGAGUGACUGGCUGGUUUUUGCGGGACUGGAGAGGAAUAUUGUGAAGGAUGCUAUUGAGAAAGAUGGUGGACAUUUGAAUAAUCCUUCAAGCCAACUGCUUUUGAACCCCAGCUGUGUGUUUACUGAAACCAUGAACUUUUAUACCCCAGUUGGAACGACUAUUGCGGGUAUGGAUGCUCCUAUGGACGGGACUUGUAUCUCUUCGAUUGUGCUGGGUGUUUCUCCUACUUCCAGGGGGGAAAUCACCAUUUCUUCCGCUGAUCCUCUCGCUCCCCCGGUCAUCAAUCCAAAUUACUAUGCCACGGAGCUCGAUCGUGUGGCUAUUCGCUCUGCAGUCCGGAAGGCAUUCGAAGUGUAUCAGGGAUCUGAUGCGCUAAAGGACAUCGUUGAAUGCGAGGUGCCACCACUAGCAUACGAAAGCUUGACCGCUAUCUCUACGGAUGAUGAGAUUGACGAUCGGGUAAGACGUGUGGGGAUCACAUCUUUUGAUCCUGCGGGGAGCUGUUCCAUGGGGAGAGUAGUUGAUCCGGAGUUGAGGGUGAACGGAGUGAAGGGAUUGAGAAUUGUAGAUGCCAGUGUGAUUCCUUUACCUCUGGCAGCGCAUUUACAAGUUGCUGUUCAUGCACUAGGAGCGAGAGCUGUGGAAUUUGUUGCUGCUCAGCAUAACUUGAAUUAA